AUGACACCGGCUCUGACAGCGGCUGUGGAGCAGAGAGAGCCCAGGGCCAGGUCAGCCUCCACGGAGCCGGCCGGCUUUGGCCGCGGGAGGAAUAGUCCGAAGGACCCGUGGCAGCGCGGCGCUCUCGGCCUGCUGCAGCUGCGUUUCAAGCGGAUCCCACCCUUGGUGGGGUCCCCCCAAGCCGGCGUGCCCGGGAGCUCUGAGGACCCGGACCGUGUUGUGGAGGCGCGGUGCAGGAGACCUGGCCGAGGACGUUGUGCUGCGCUGGAAACGGCUUCGGAGAACUCAUCGCAAUUUUCAAAGAAGGGAUGUAGUGGCAUUUGGGAGCUAACUUUUCACACCACCUUCAUGCAGAAGGAGAACUUCACUGUGGAUGAGCCCACCACAGUGCCAGUGGACACGAAGAGGAAAACAGAACAAAUGAUUUACCUGCCCUUGAGGGAACUGUUUGCUACAGUGGUUAAAAUGCCCUACACUGGAAACGUGUCCAUGGUUCUUGCACUCCUGAAUGCGGGACAAUUUCACUCUGCUCUAAGAGGGAUGGUUGCUAGGCAACCUGAACUUCUGGAAUCCAGUGACCUGAGCUCAGCAGACCGUAUUCAAAAUUUUGGCACACAAAUUACUCGCCCCAAAACUAUUUUCUGA